AUGUGGCUAUGGACGGAACGUGAUUUGGCGCUGUAUGCGGUGGUGGGACUUUUCCUUCUGGAGGUGUAUGUGGGCACCCAGUAUUUCGCCUGGUCGCCCGUUUGCCUCCUUUACCCAAUCCUUUCGAGCAGUUCAGGCUCCCGCAAGGCGCAAGAGCUCCAGGAUGAGCUCAUGAUGAUCUUCGCGCCGGAGUAUCGCUUCUGGCGCCGUGUGAAUAUUCCAGUUUCCAUCCAGGUUUUGGUAUGCCACAACAUGACGACCUAUCUUCUGAUUGUGCUAGCCUUUUCUCCCGGACAAAGGGAUCUCUACGUGGGAAAGGUGCCGUGUUGGCAAACCUACGUUUGGGCCUUCUUGCUGUUGGUCUUGUCCAUCAUCGGCAUGAUCGGUACCAAUCUCGUGUGGGCUUGUGGAUCCGUCCGCUUGAGCUUGAAACGCAAGGUUUUCCUGAUGAUUUGCCAAUCCAUUGCCAACCAGGGCUCGAUUUUCCGCUGGAGCCGCGAUCAGCGAUGCCACCUGAAGAACAAAGGCAGGCUCAUUCGGGCAAAGAUUCAACUGGAUGUUGGAGGUAGUCGUAAUGUGAAGGUGGUGUCUAAAGAGAAACUUGCCAAAACAGCAGUGCUGCUAGUGGCAGGUACAGACGCAGACCCUUACGACCCGAAUCGUGGUGCGCUCUAUCGGUACAUUGGCUGGUUCUUGAUGCACAAGACGCCCAAGAUGAUCGAGGCGACCCGAUCAGUGGACGUCUCCGAUCUCCUCCAAGAUCAGGUGGUGAUGUUCCAGGCAGAUGUGGAUUCCUGGUGGAAUUUAUCGCUGGGCCACGCAAUUCCUGCCUUCGUCACACUGCUGUGGGGCGAGGAACUAUUUUUGGGCUGGGUCAUUGCUGGAUGCUUCAGGUCGGUGUUGGCAUUGCACAUUAACUUGACCUUGCUGCGCUUCCAGCAUCUCUGGGCCCCACAGACAGUCACCUUCACGGGAGCGGAUUCCUCCGAAGAAGAGGAGGCUUCGAUGGGCCCCUGGGCCCUUGGGCCAUUGGGCCCCUGGGGCAUGGAACACAAGGUGUCCCCAAAGCAGUUGGACCUUCAGGAGACAACCACCAGUGGUCGCACAUCGCAGCAGGCGGAGCAAACGCGGCGCAUGGGGGCGGCCCAUCAGCCUGCAAUCUUGCGCUCGGUGGCUGGGCGCAUGGCCUCUAUUGCAGAUGCGCAAAAGCUGAUGGAAGAGUCAUCCAAGGGCCUUGUUCCACCUUUGGAGCUCUCAAAAAGCGCCUCCUCCGAAGCAGAUGACGGUGGAGGUGUCUUCGUGAAAUACAAGGUCAAUGAAUCCGGCGGCGGCGAUCCAUCGCUGGAAGUGAGACUGGAGCCCCUGUGGCGACGAAGCACUCUGGUGGAUCUCGCCAAAGAUGCUGUGGCCGAUAUUCUACAGGUUCCAGCCGCUUCAGUGAAGCCCGACCGCCCUUUGAUGGAUCUGGGCUUCGAUUCCGCCGGCGCCCUACGUUUGCGCAACAAGCUCGCGAGGCGGUUGAAGAUUGAGCUGCCUCCGACAUUGCUUUUUGAUCAUCCCACAAUCAACGACAUGGUGGACAAUGGCCUGGCUCUGCUGUCCAAGCGCCCCAUGACCCCCGUGGGAGAACUGCCUGUGACUGGCGCUCAACAUGCCUCAGCUGCACAGCAUGUGAUGGUCUCGACUUCUUGUCAUCUUCCAGGUGCUGCCAACAGCUUGAAGGACUACUGGAACCUUCUGGCGGAGAAGCGCGAUGCCGUGGUGCAAGUGCCUCUUGCGCGUUGGGAUCAUGAACUCUACUACUCCAAAGAACCUCAGAAAGGAAAGACCUACGCACGCCACGGAGGCUUUGUGGAGGGCACGGACCUUUUCGAUGUCACCUACUUCAAUCUGGGCACAGCGGAGGCAAAAACCACAGAUCCUCAGCAGCGUCUGCUCUUGACAGCAGCCUACGAUGCGCUGCGUGGGGAUGGCUAUGACAAAGCCCUGCUACAGAACAACCCUUUGGGCGUUUUCACUGCCUUGAGCAACCUGGAUUGGUACCAGCUGGUGGUGCCGGAAGCCGGUGUCUACACUGGCCCCGGUGUCUCCAGUGCCAUUGCGGCCAAUCGGAUCAGCUAUGUCUUUGGAUUGAAGGGCCCGAGCAUGACGGUCGCGCGAAAGAAUGUGAGUGCUCCAGUCCAUCGUGGAGCACUGUUGAACGCAGCAGAGGUGCUCCAUGGACCCAGCAGUUUCGUGCUGCGUUCUGUGGCUGGCAUGCUCUCGCCCGACGGUCGCUGCAAGACCUUUGAUGCCACUGCAGAUGGCUACAUCCGGGGCGAGGGCGCUGGUGCCAUCCUUCUGAAGCCUGCAGAGAGCGCCGAGGAAGGCCGUUGCCUGCGGAUUGCGGAGGUGCGUGCAGUGGCUCCACGGCUGCAGAUUUCGGGCUCUGGAUUCCAUGAAGAUGGUCGAGUUAUGAAUCAGGAUGGCAAGAGUGCCACCCUCACUGCACCCAACGGACCAAGCCAGGAAGAGCUGCUGGUGAUGGCUCUGCGGGAGGCGCAUGUGGCGGCCAGUGCAUUGAAUGCUCUGGAAUGUCCCAGACUGAGGCCGUGA